UGAGGGCUUGCCAUCUCUCUCCAAACCUAGGACCUUGGAAUACGGAACCAGAAUAAUACUGUUCGUUUUUACCAGAGCCACUGACAAUCGGGUGGAUUUUGCAAAACAAUUGUCAAGUUUGUUGCAGUGUGUGCUCUCUGUGGCUGAGCUGAAAGAUGGUGAAGCCAGACAUUCACACUCUGGCCCACCACCUGAAGCAGGAGCGGCUGUACGUGGCCUCGGAGAAGCAGCUGAUCCAGCGGCUAAACGGAGAGGUGCUGAAGACGGCCGAGAGGCUCUACCGCGCCGCCUGGAUCGCCAAGCAGCAGAGGAUCAACCUCGACCGCCUAAUCCUCACCAGUGCCGAGGCCUCCCCGGCCGAAUGCUGCCAGCACGCCAAGGUUCUGGAGGACACACAGUUUGUGGAUGGCUACAAGACACUGGGCUUCCAAGAGAGCAUCUAUGGGGAGUUUCUCGGGAGGCUGAGAGAGAACCCACGACUGGUGGCGUCCUGCCUGGUCGCUGGAGAGAGACUGAAUCAGGAGCACACACAGAGUGUCAUCCACACUGUUUUCACCUCACUCUAUGGCAACUGUAUCAUGCAGGAGGAUGAGAGCUACCUGCUACAGGUGCUGCGUUACUUGGUGGAGUUCGAACUGAAGGAGAGCGAGAACCCACGACGACUGCUGAGGAAAGGAACUUGUGCCUUCAGCAUCCUCUUCAAACUCUUCUCAGAGGGCCUGUAUUCCGCCAAGCUCUUCCUCACCGCCACGCUCCACGAGCCAAUCAUGCAGCUGCUCGUGAAGGACGAGGACCACCUCGAAACGGACCCGGCCAAACUGACCGAGCGUUUCACGCCGGCCCAGCAGGAGCGCCUCUUCGGCGAAAAAGGCUCUGACGGAUACCGGCAAAAAGUCCAGGCCGCCGUGGAGGCCAACGAGGCCAAGCUGGUGGCCGUGGUGAACUCCUUCAUCAGCUACCUGAGACAGAACACCUACUGCUUCCCCCAGAGCCUCCGCUGGAUCGUCUCCCAGAUGUAUAAGACUCUAGCACGAGUGGACAGACUGGAGGUGGGGGAGGUUCGCACCAUGUGCACCGACCUGCUUCUCACCUGCUUCAUCUGCCCGGCCAUCGUCAACCCUGAACAAUACGGCAUCAUCUCCGACGCACCCAUCAACGAAGUGGCACGCUUCAACCUCAUGCAGGUGGGGCAGCUGUUGCAGCAGUUAGCCAUGGCAGACACUGAUGAUGGGGACCCACGACGGAGAAGCAAUUUAUCUAAAUUUGACAAAAAUUGCGUAGCUGCCUUUUUGGAUGUUGUCAUUGGAGGACGAGCAGUAGAGACCCCACCCAUGUCCUCUAUGAACUUACUGGAGGGUUUAACACGAACUGUGGUGUAUAUGACACACAACCAGCUGACCACUCUGGUGGACUUUGUUCGGAACGUGACGGCGGGAGACCAGCUCCGAGAGGAAGACCACCAGGCCCUGCAGACCCUGCUGGCCAACGUGCCCAGGUCGCACACCGUCAAGAGCAACAGUCUGGAGCUGACCCCUUCCAACACGCCACAGCUCUCUCCUGCCACAACGCCGGCCAACAAGAAGAACAGACUGCCCAUAGGACAGCAGUUAGCUGCCAUAACGUGUUGGGAGCCUUCUGCCACAGCCUUGUCUGCUCACAUUCCUUUAGUUACUCCCUUUGCAGCCUCGCGUAGUCGCUCCCGCACCAACAUCGCCCAGGAGGGAGAGCUGGAGGCCAACUCGCAGGACUCGCUGCAGGAGGUGAUGCCAGAGGAGGUGUUAGUCAUCUCGUUAGGAACAGCCCCUCAGACGGUCCCAGGGAUGUUGUCUGAGAGCGAGGUGCUGACACUGCAGCUUUCUGACGGCGCCCAGGGAGACGCCCCGGCGGACGACGCCAAACUCCACGGCAAACCGGACAAAACGCUGCGCUUCUCCCUCUGCAGCGACAACCUGGAGGGCAUUUCCGAGGGACCGUCAAACCGUUCCAACUCGGUCUCCUCUCUGGACCUGGAGGGAGAGUCUGUGUCUGAACUGGGAGCUGGACCGUCCGGCAGCAACGGGGUGGAGGCUCUUCAGCUACUGGAGCACGAACAAGCCACCACCCAGGAUAACCUGGACGAUAAGCUUCGUAAAUUUGAGAUCCGGGACAUGAUGGGUCUGACGGAUGACAGGGAUAUCUCAGAGACGGUCAGUGAGACGUGGAGCACGGACGUCCUGGGCAGCGACUUUGACCCCAACAUGGACGAGGACCGACUGCAGGAGAUCGGAGGAGCAGCCACUGAGAACAUGCUGGGGAGCUUGCUGUGCCUCCCGGGGUCCGGCUCGGUCCUGCUCGACCCCUACGGAUCCACCAUCUCUGAGACCACGAGCGAGGCCUGGAGCGUAGAGGUCCUGCCCAGCGACUCAGAAGCAGCCGAUCUGAAGCAGGAGGAGCGUUUGCAGGAGCUGGAGAGCUGCUCGGGCGUGGGGAGCACCUCUGAUGACACAGAAGUGAGAGAGGUCAGCUCCAGGCCCAGUACUCCAGGACUCAGUGUCGUCUCAGGUAUCAGUGCCACGUCUGAAGACAUACCAAAUAAGAUUGAGGAUCUUCGCUCAGAAUGCAGCUCUGAUUUCGGUGGAAAGGACUCCGUCACCAGUCCGGACGGAGAGGAAUCCGCUCACGGAGGGCACAGUCUGGCGUGUGCUGCCGCCCAGUCCGACUCACUGCUGGCCAUGUUUGAUCCCCUCUCUUCGGGUGAAGGCUCCUCUACUGGCACUAUUGUGAGACCCAGGGUGCACCACCCCCGGCCCCCGCACCCUCCCCCGGACCCCCCCAUCCCAGAAGCAGGUAUUAUUCCACCGCUGGAACCCGGUCGUCCAUCCCUGUUCGGCCCUCACAGCUUGGCCCAGUCGGAGCUAGAGCACAGCAAACAAAGGCACUCGUACCCCGAGAGGCUGGUCCGCAGCCGCAGCACCGACAUCGUCAGCACGGGCCGGCGGCCCAACAGCGACCCGGGCCUGAACCGGAGGACCAUGGUGGACGAGAGGGAAGCCGCCGGGGUCUUCUCCACAGGGCCCACCUCAUCACCCAGCAAGGACUCACUCAAAGGAGAGGCGGAGGAGAGGAAGGACAGUGACGAUGAGAAGUCCGACCGCAACAGACCCUGGUGGAAGAUCCGUUUUGCCCCUGCCAUUCCUAAAGUUCUCUAUUGGACAGCAGAGAGCGAAAUACCAGCUCCAUUCAAGAAGCGGGAGAAGCCUGAUAAAGAGGACGCAGGAGCAGAGAGAGCACCUCAAGGUAUGUCCGACGAGCUGGCGCAGAACUCCCAGGCACAGGCGGCAGAAGACAUCCUGGACAAGUACAGGAACAUCAAAAGGACCAGUCACAGUAACGGGACGGCCGGCGCGUCCAAUUAUCCAGCGGAUGAGCUGACCACAGAUUCAGGCCACUGUGACAUGAGGAAUGAAUGCCCUGAGCUACUGCAGCUUGACUCGGUUGACGCCCCUACAGAUGAUGCUCCGGAGAAGUUCUCCUUCAGUGAUGCUAAAAAGAAGCUCCGUCUGGCACUGUGCUCAGCAGAUUCUGUUGUCUUUCCCAUCAUGCACCCUGCUACCACACGCAACGGUCUCCCCGAUCACACAGACCCAGAGGACAAUGAGAUCGUGUGCUUCCUGAAGGUGCAGCUGGCAGAGGCCAUUAACCUGCAGGAUAAAAACCAGAUGGCCCAGAUCCAAGAGACCAUGCGCUGUGUCAGUCGCCUGGACCCGCGCACCUGCAGAAAGCUGCUCACAGCCAUCGCUGAGGAUUACAGGAAGCGGGCUCCGUACAUUGCGUACCUGACCCGGUGUCGACAGGGCCUGCAGACGUCCCAGGCUCACCUGGAGAGGUUGCUCCAGCGCGUCCUGAGAGACAAAGAGGUGGCUAACCGCUACUUCACCACCGUCUGCGUCCGCCUGCUCCUCGAACACAUGGAACCCAAAAUGCAGGAGUUCAUCAGAGCAUUUCAGAGCUACACGGCGUCGGACGAGAAGACUGCGGCGGUGGAGGACUUUCUGCGGGACCUGUACGGUGCCAUGGCCCAUGAUGCCAUCUGGCAAUACGCUAGUGAGGAGCAACUGCAGGACGCUCAGAUGGCCAUCGAACGCAGCGUCAUGAACCGCAUCUUUAAGCUGGCCUUCUACCCCAAUCAGGACGGAGACAUCCUCAGAGAUCAGCUCCUACAGGACCACAUUCAACGGCUUUCCAAAGUUGUGACUGCCAACCACAAGGCCCUGCAGAUCCCUGACGUGUAUCUGAAAGAGGCUCCGUGGCCGUCGGCCCAGGCGGAGAUCAAGACUCUGAGUGCGUAUAAAACCCCUCGGGACAAAGUGCAAUGUAUCCUUCGCAUGUGCUCCACCAUCAUGAACCUGCUGAGCCUGGCCAAUGAGGACGCAGUACCAGGAGCAGAUGACUUUGUCCCGGUGCUCGUCUUCGUCCUCAUCAGGGCAAACCCGCCUUGCCUUCUGUCCACCAUUCAGUACAUCAAUAAUUUCUACGCCAGCCGACUGAGCGGGGAGGAGUGCUAUUGGUGGAUGCAGUUCACAGCAGCGGUGGAAUUCAUUAAGACCAUUGACGACCGCAAGUGAAGCAGAACAGCCACCUGUAUGGGCAGACUGCAGACAGGGAAGAGAGAGAGAGAGAGAGAGAGAGAGAGAGAGAACGAGAGAGAGAGAGGAGAGAGGAGAGGAGACGAGACAUCCCACAACCAACUGCUCAUCCCUCUGCCAAAGCCCUUACCGCGAGGCAGAAAAUGCCUCACUCGUCCUCUCAAUCUGUAUAGCUUGUACAUAGAGCCAGAGACAUUUAACGUUUCAAAAAGUUUCGGAAACUAUACACAAAUUAAGUGGGGAUUUAAAAAAAAAAAAAAGGACAGUUUUACUUUGGUGGUGUGACUUAAAAUAAAAAAAAGUUGGAUAAAGGAAAAAAAAACGUUAGAGCUGAGGAAAAAAAAAAACGGCUUUUGCGUUUAACCGGCCAACGUUUAAACCGCUGAUUUGCAUAUUUUGCUCACAUCUCUUUCUGUGUUGGUGAGGUGUCGGGGGAAUUUAUUAAGACAUUUUAUAUCAGAGAAAAUCAUUAAGAGGUAAAACUGAAUUCUUUAAAUGCAGAAAUCAAUAGAAAAAGGGACCAGGCCUCCUUGCGACGAUCAUAAUUGUGAAGGAGCAAGGAGGAGCUAGAAAAGCCUUGUGGUGAAAUUGUGCAAUCAUCAAAUUGAAAAACAAACAAACAAACAAACAAAAGAACAUAUCAUUAUGCAGAAUCAUAUCUGAGGCAUUCACCUAUCUCCAUAGCCAUAGUCACAUUAAAAUAUUCAUCUAAUCAUGCUAAUAUUUGUGAUUGCUACUCUUAUUCAGUCAUUUUAUGGGGCAGCUUGUUCAUUGAAUGUAAACAAGUCUUGUCAUUGUGCAUUCAUUCUUUUCCCAAAAAAAAAACAAAAAAAACCCA